UGCUUAUUGUGCGGAUCGCAAAAGAAAAGCCACAACUCUUGUUAUUUAUGUUUUGUGUUUAGCAACAAAAAGUGUCAAGUUGUUGGAAAACCGUUGCGCGUGUGAACUUUGCCAAAAAAAAAAAAACGAAAUAUCAUAACAGACAUUCUGUACAUAAAGUAAAUGGUUGAGUGCCUCCGCUCGUAGAGUUGGUUUUUGGGCAAUUCGAAGUCAACAAACAAGAUUUAUAGGCUCAUCAUAGUUGGUUGUCUAUGGAAACAGCGCACAGAUAAGAGGCGGCGAAAAUGUCUUCCGAUCGAUUUCACAAGGCCGCCAAAGACGGGCUGCUCGAUGUGCUGAAGGAGGCGACGCGCAAGGAUGCCAAUGCCAAGGACGAUGACUCAAUGACCCCGGUGAUGUGGGCGGCAUUCGAGGGACGACUCGAUGCGCUGCGCCUGCUCUGUGGCAGGGGCGGUGAUCCCGACAAGUGCGAUCAGUUUGGCAACACAGCUCUCCAUUUGGCCGCCGCCAAGGGUCAUUUGCACUGCGUUGAUUUCCUCUUCAAAUUCGGCGUUAACAUUUACGCUUUGGACAUUGACAGACACAAUGCCAAGGAUCUGGCGGCCAUUAACAAUCGGGAUGAGAUUUUGCGUUAUCUGGACGCAGCCGCAGCCAACUUUGAGGCGAACGAAAAAAAAAAGUCGAAGGCUCUUAAGGAAAUUGCGGAGAAGGAGUGCGAGAAGCGUGUGAAGGAAUACAUGAAACGCCAGCAACAGCAACAGCAGCAACACAGAGAUCUGCAGCCGAGCAGCCGUCAGACUUUGGUCAGCAGCAGCAAGUCCAGCAACAUGCUGUCCACACUCAAGCAAAAGAUUUGGUCCAGCCAGGGCAAUCUGAACAAGGCGCCGCGGGAACAGCCAGCACCUGCCCACAUGCCUCAACAGUCGUCGCGUGCCGGCGCCAAGUUCAGCGAUCUGGUGGGGGGCGGUGGCAGCAGCAGCAGCAGCGGCGGAUCCACCAUAGCCAGUCGCGUGGGCACCGUGCAGAAGAAGCCGCCGGGCAAGCCGCAACAUGCAAGCGCCUGUCCACAUGCAGCCGACGGUGGGUUCAAGGUGCGCGAGCUGGAGCCGGAUGGCAAGCGUACGAUUACCUCGCUGACGGGCCUGCAACGCGACUCGGAGGUGCUCUAUGUGGGCACGUUCAGCUCCACGGAGGAUGGCAAUGGCAAGCGCGGCAAGAUCGCCGAUGUCUUCGAGCUGGACGAUGGCGGCGAGCGCGAUGCCGGCCGGCUGGGCUACAGCGCGGCGCUGUCGCGUAGCUUCUCCCAGCCGGAUAUACUGGGCGAUGCGCAGCUGGCGCAGGAGCUGAGCGAGGAGCUGGUGCUGCAGCGACCCAUCGGCCUGUUCGACCGACCCACCAUGCUGGGCAGCAUUGCGUUCCGACGCUCCGUGACUGCGGCGCUGAGUCAGCUGCAGCUGCAAACGGACGGCGUCGACAGCGUGUCCAGUUCGACCAUGCGAAAUGCGAGCAGCAGCGGCAACAACAACAACAACAGCAAAUCCCGCUCCGGGAAUAAGGCGCGCCUGUAUUUAAAUCUGUCCGACGACAGCGACUCGGAGGGCGCCGGCGAGGAUGUGUACAGCGAGGACGAGGACGAGCAGGAGAUGUCGGCCAGCGCAUUGCAGCGCUUUCUGACAGUCUGGGCCCUGGAUGAGUAUCUGCCAGUUUUUCAGAAGCAGGAGAUCGAUCUGGAGACGCUUAUGCUGCUGACGGAGGCGGACCUGAAGUCGCUGGGCCUGCCGCUGGGCCCAUUCCGGAAGCUCACCUUUGCUAUCCAGGAGCGUCGCAAUGCCCUGGCCAAUCCCGGGCCCCUGCUAGACAGUCGGCUAUAAUUAAUUGUAAUGCUUAGAGCUUUAAUCCAUGUACUAAAAACAAAAAUAUAGUAAC